UGAGUCUGGAUCAAGAUCACUACUGAUGAUAUUUAAUGAGUCUGGAUCAAGAUCACUACUGAUGAUAUUUAAUGAGUCUGGAUCAAGAUGAUCACUAAUGAUAUCCAAUGAGUCUGGAUUAAGAUAAAAAAUAAGAGUUUGACGCCUUGAUAGAAGAUUUAAUUAUAACAUCCUCUCUAAAAAAAAAAACAACUCUCACUUGUUUACAUAUGAAAGUCUUUAUUCAUAUCCUCUCUUUCUAAGACUGCUUUAUUUAUGAUUCAAUAUUUACCAAAUCUCAAUUGAUCUGAACCAGGAGUUUCAAUUAAGCCGACGUUACAGGGGACGUUUCGCAACGACGAUUUUUCGCGAUACGACUCGUCGAUAUUUAAUACAUCUUACAAAAGUCAACUUUUCGCGCAACGUUCGUUCGAAAAUCAACAUGUUACACGGGACGUUUUUUAGCGCUUUGAAAGCCGCCAUCUUGUUUGUUGACGUCACCUCGCCUGAGAGUAUUGAACUGCAUUUUGGGUAUGCAUUGCGCGAAAAACUGUUGAUGAAGCGGUUAUACGAAUCAACUUGCAAAAAAUUGCUAUUCUGAGUUGCAAGUUUUUGAAACUAAAUCAAAAACUUGCAACACGUUGCGAAAUCCGAAAAUUGUUGUAGAUGCAUGUUACAUGGCAUCAAUUUUUCGUGGAACGGAGUAUCGCGAAAAAUUGUCAUUGCGAAUCGUCCAGUGUAACAUCAGCUUUACAGACGCUGAGUCAAUUGUUAUUGUGACGUUGCCUUAGGCUGAUUUCAUUUUCUCUAAUAAAAGCUCUGCUCUAAACAAACACAAUCGCAAAUGGUGCUAAACCACUGGACGAUGUUUUCGUAUGCCAUUACUUCACUAGAAUCAACAAUCACGCGCAAAACCUCGCUCUCAAUAAUAAAAUAAGAGUAACUAAUAAUUAAUAGAAAGGUAAAAUUGACAGCUUAGGAUUUGCGUGUCAUGUCCUACGGAACUAAAAUGUUCUCCAAGGCAACGCAAAUUGCAGUUUGAACGUUAAUAGCGACGUGAAAGCGUUUGAAUAGCUGGCAAGAAAAGUAGAAACAGCGAAAAUUACAUCACCUUGCUUGUUUAAUUCUUUUUCUUUUCAAGUUUUCCUAGCCGAGAUAUGGGAUGUGGAGCAAGUGUGGCGGUGAAUGGCCAUGUACUAUCAGGCACCUCGUGUACUUCAGUUGCAUUCCAGCCAAUUCCGCUUUCAGAGGAGCAAAAGAAGUUGAUUUAUCAGACAUGGAGUCUUGUGGAACCUGUUAAAGUAGCCGCGGGAAGGAAGCUUUUCGCCAGAUUAUUUGAAUUGAACCCUAAUCUGCAAAGCACAUUUCCUGCAUUCAAAGGGUUGGAAUUAAAAGAUAUCCUUAACUCAAGGUCAUUGUAUUUACAUGCAAAGCGAGUCAUGAACGCAAUGGAAAAUGCGGUGUCUUCUCUUAAUGAUUCAGAGACAUUCACUUGUUAUUUGGCCAAUCUAGGUGACAGGCAUCUUCCGUGGAAUAUACAAAGACAACAUUUUGAUAUUGUUGGAGAGUGUCUGCUAUGGACCUUACAAGACAUGCUUGGUCCUGCAUGCACAACAGAUGUAGCACAAGCCUGGGCCGAACUCUUUGGCUAUAUUACUGAGUCAAUGCUCUCUGGGAUCGAUAGAGCCAAAGCAAAUCGAUAGUAAGACAUGAUAUAUAUUAAACUGGAAAAGUCUUGCCUGCCAUCCAAGUCGAGUCAUCAUACAUUCAGUGCGACCAGAAUUAUAACAAGCUGUAAGAUAUGUUCAAUACACUGAGGCAGGACGAUUGUAAAGUAAACGUGGAAAAGUUAUGCCUACCCACCUGAAAGCUGGCCAUUGGACUGAGCUACCAUACAUUCAGUGCAACCAGAAUUAUAUACAAGCUGUGUUAAAGAUAUAUCCACAAUAAGGCAGCCGGAUGAUUACAUAGUAACAAUGAAAAGAUGGCAAAAACAUUUGCUGCUGGCUAGGCGUUACGAGUAAGGUACACUAUAAGGCACACACGCCAAAUCCUGUGUGAAGUUCAUAAAAAAAACAUCAAAAAAUGUUUUAUAAAAAGUGCAUUGAUACUGAUAUUAAUGUUGGUACACUUGCACCUUGUCAUCAUGAUCAUAUUAUAGAUAAUGAAAGCGAAAGAAUACUAAAUGAACGAAGAA